CAGUGUUUCCGGCCGGUCGGGUUCGAGUGACACACAGGGCGGAAGUGGAACCAUUGCUGUGUGUCGUGGCUGUGAGCUGACAGGAUUUUCACUCGACUCUACUGUAAAACUCUCUCAUUGAACAGCACUGAGGAGAGCUCGACCCAUCUGUACACACACUUUAGAAUUCCCACAGCCUGGAUAUGUCCUUCAUAUUUGACUGGAUUUAUAGUGGAUUUAGUAGCGUUCUACAGUUCCUAGGGCUGUAUAAGAAGUCUGGCAAAUUAGUAUUUCUUGGCCUGGACAAUGCUGGCAAGACGACAUUACUGCACAUGCUUAAAGAUGACAGACUGGGUCAGCAUGUGCCAACCUUACACCCCACCUCAGAAGAGCUGACGAUUGCUGGCAUGACCUUCACAACCUUUGACCUGGGUGGUCAUGCUCAGGCUCGACGUGUGUGGAAGAACUACCUCCCCGCCAUCAACGGCAUCGUCUUCCUUGUUGACUGUGUAGAUCACUUCAGACUGGCUGAAUCUAAAACGGAGCUGGAUGCGCUCAUGACAGAUGAAACCAUUGGAAAUGUGCCUAUCUUGAUACUUGGCAACAAGAUUGACAAACCUGAUGCCAUCAGUGAGGAGAAACUGCGUGAGAUCUUUGGACUGUAUGGUCAGACAACAGGCAAGGGCAACAUCCCCCUCAAAGAGCUGAACACGAGACCACUGGAGGUGUUUAUGUGCAGUGUGCUGAAGAGACAGGGCUACGGUGAGGGCUUCCGCUGGCUCUCACAGUACAUCGACUAGAACAACACACACACACAGCCUGCCUUCACUCUCAGAAACACACAGCUACUCAACUCCAAUAGACUGUUAUUGGACAUGAGCGUUCAGUUCAACAACUCUUUUCUCACAUUAGUUCUUAAGAAAAUAACAAACUAGCAGUGAUUCUGCAAAUGUGCUAAAUCCAAAACCAUGCAUCUUUGCAUUUACGUCACUUUUAUUUACGCUGUAAUUUGAUGUUUUUUUCCAUUCAUCUGUUGUCUGUUGUCAUGUGAAGCUGCAAAAAACAUGCAGCGACUGUAAAUGAUGUUACACGUGUACUGGCGAACAGUGUAACUGUACACAUCACAUUACAUACUUCAAACAGGAAAUGCUUCGACUUCUCUCCAGUGUUUGUCUUCCUGUCACAUGUGGCCGUAGUCCUCAGGCUUUGAGAUCAGUGUCCAUCAGUGUGGUCCGUCUGAACUCAUAUCUGUUUUUGUUUCAGCAACUUUGGAAAUUGUACUGCCACAUCUCAUUCCCAAAGCCUCUUUAAAUGGAUACAGACCUGUAGUUAUUUUUUUUUUUAUAUAUAUUGAAUUUCUGAAAGUUAUGGUAAUAAACUGCAGAAUAUCAUUUCUGACCACAAUUGUCUGGUAGUUGUCAGGGUAGGGCAGAGCGCCUUUCACACAAAUACAUAGAUUAUAUUUAACCGCUAACAAAUACGUAGUAACAAGAAAGUGGAAAAUCUUAUUGAGGCACAAAUACAAUGUUGACGUUUAAAGCCGUUCUAUAGCUGAUUAACAGAUCUUGCCUUGAUGUUUUUGCAUAGGGUGAGUUGUGGUUAUCAAUGACAUGGACCAUGCAUAAUUUAUAUAAAUGCCAUACAUGGAUUUUUUUUAAAUCUGUCUUGAAUAGCUCUUAAUUUGAUCAGUGUGGAUUAAAAAAUUAUUAUGCAUGCCUUGUUCCAUGGUUAUUAAUAUUCUUUUAGUUGAGUUUUUUUUUUUUAAUAUAUAAAUACAGAGAGUGCAAAUCAUCCCACGUAGGAUGAAAUGCCAGGGGUGUGUCUUCAUGCUCCUGUUCUGUUGAGCUCUAAUGGAAUGGCACAUCAAUGCAUUUGAUUUUCUAUACUGUCCCUCCAUGUAUCAUCUAUCAUUCCAUGAGCAGUUCCAUUUAUGAGAGAUAACAUUGUUUGCAUCAUAAAUUGUAAUAAAUGUUUGCAAUGAAAACAAA